AUGACGUACCUGGCUCACACAGCCCACGCCCAGCUCGGCGCCCUUUGGCUGAGCUGCGUGGGCUGGACUCUCACUGCUGUGGCCCUUGGGCUCAUCCAGUGGAGGGUUUGGCAGGUGUCUGACAGGGAGGUCAUCAGCUCCGGCGUGGCCUGGGUGGGAAUCUGGAGGGCCUGCUUCAACAGCUACACCGUGGUGACCCCUGGCUUCAAGGUCAUGCACUGCAGGUACAUCAGUCUGACCGAGGCUUUCACACCACCAGAAAUUGUGGCAGGUCAGGUUCUCAUGGUCCUGUCUCUGCUGGUGGGGCUUUGUGGGAACGCUGGUGGUGUUUAUGCCUUGAGGAACAUCUACUUUGGGAAGAGCUCACUCGUCCGCUUAUCGUUCUUCACCUCUGGAGCUCUGUGCCUCUUGGCCGCCGUGAUGUCUUUGAUACCUCUCCUGUGGAAUCUGACGGCCGUGGUGACCAACCAGACCAUCGUGUUCCCCCCUGAGUUCAAAAUGCCCCAGUCGCCUGAUUCACAAUACGUGGGGUGUGGCAUAGGCGUCGGGAUGGUGGGAUCAGCCCUGAUGAUUGUCUCUGGGAUUAUUUUCUGUUUGUAUAAGUUGCCAGUGAAGCCCAAACCCAGGGCCGAGCUGUGUGUGAGGGAACAGGUGCACCUGGACGGGUCAUUACCUGCUCCAUCUGUGACUGACAGUCGAGGGGCUUUAACAAGCUGUGUGGGGAAACAGAACCCAGCAUUUGAGCUUCACGAGCACUUGUGA